ACGUCACACUCGUACUUGCUGCCUGCGUCUUCCUUCCCGGCCAAAGACUGCCAUACAAAAAAAAAAGCUGCAUUUGAAGGCUCAUAUUAACUGUUUUACCAUUUUUUUUUGUUAAUUAUUGGAGUAAUGUAGAAUGGCGUCGGUAUUUGGGAAGAUUGUCGUGGGUACUUAUGUGGAGAUAAAGCGCAGUGAUGGACGUAUACAUCAGGCAAUGGUGACCUCUCUGAAUGAGGACAACGAGAGCGUCACAGUGGAGUGGAUUGAAAAUGGAGACACUAAAGGAAAAGAGAUUGACUUGGAGAGUAUAUUUGCACUUAACCCUGACGUGGCUCCAGAUGAGGAAAUUGCCCCUAGUCCAGAGACUCCACCCCCACCCACACCAACAUGUGUAAAGGUCAACAAAAUUGCAAAGAACCGUCGGACAAUAGCACCUGUUAAGAAUGACACUCCGUCCAGGGAUAACAGAGGUAUUCCGACUCGGGCCAGACCCACACAGCCCCAACAACCUGAGCCUGCACCCCCGCCCCCAUCUCAGCUGCCUGUACCUCCCACUCAAGCUCAGACACAACAGCAACUGCAGAAUGAAUCGUCACAUCAACCCAUUUCCAGAAAGGAGUUUGGACAGCUUUCGAGGAGGAAGUCUAACUGCGUGAAGGAGGUGGAGAAACUGCAGGAGAAGAGAGAGAGGCGUCGGCUUCAGCAGCAGGAGCUCAGGGAGAAAAGAGCUCAGGAGGUGGAUACCACCAUCCCUAACUAUGAGAUCAUGUAUAUGAUCCGCGAUUUCCGAGCCAGUCUAGACUACAGGCCCUUGACCACAGCAGAUCUGAUUGAAGAGCACAGAAUAUGUGUUUGUGUAAGGAAACGCCCACUCAACAAGAAAGAGCUGACUGUGAAGGAUUUGGAUGUGAUCACCAUCCCCAGUAAGGAUGUGGUGAUGGUUCAUGAACCUAAACAGAAAGUUGACCUCACCCGCUACCUGGAGAACCAGACCUUCCGCUUUGACUACGCCUUCGAUGACAGCACCACCAACGAGAUGGUUUACAGGUUCACUGCCAGACCUCUGGUGGAAACCAUUUUUGAAAGAGGCAUGGCCACCUGCUUUGCUUACGGGCAGACAGGCAGUGGAAAAACACAUACAAUGGGUGGAGAUUUCUCUGGGAAGAACCAAGACUGCUCUAAAGGAAUUUAUGCAUUAGCUGCUCGGGAUGUAUUUCUCAUGUUGAAGAAACCCAAUUACAAGAAGUUAGAUCUGCAAGUGUACGCAACCUUUUUUGAAAUCUACAGUGGAAAGGUGUUUGACCUGCUGAAUCGUAAAACUAAGCUGAGGGUACUGGAGGACGGCAAACAGCAGGUGCAGGUUGUGGGGCUUCAGGAGAAGGAUGUCAAGUGUACAGAGGAAGUGCUGAAACUCAUAGAAGUGGGCAACAGCUGCAGAACAUCAGGGCAGACGUCAGCCAAUGCCCACUCAUCCCGCAGCCACGCUGUGUUCCAGAUCAUUCUUCGGAGGAAGGGGAAAAUGCACGGCAAGUUCUCGCUCAUCGACCUUGCUGGGAAUGAGAGAGGGGCGGAUACAUCAAGUGCAGACCGACAAACUCGUCUGGAGGGGGCUGAGAUCAACAAAAGCCUGCUGGCUCUAAAGGAGUGUAUCAGGGCUCUCGGCCGUAACAAGCCCCACACUCCAUUCAGAGCCAGCAAGCUCACCCAGGUCCUGAGAGACUCCUUCAUUGGAGAAAAUUCACGCACAUGCAUGAUUGCAACAAUCUCUCCCGGUAUGACGUCCUGUGAGAACACCCUCAACACACUACGCUACGCCAACAGAGUGAAAGAGUUUGGGAUUAGUCCAUCGGACAUUCCCUUCUCCCAGGGCGGUCAGGGAAGUCGCUCUGACCACUCGCCAACCAAUACCUUUGAGUUCGAUGAUUUUGCUGAUACCUCUCCCAGCAGGGUGAAGGAGCUCACAGUAGACCCCAACCAAAUGAUAGACGGUGGUCGACCUACCAUCCACGCUGUCAACCAGCUGGAUCUUCUGGACGAGGAUUGGCUUAGUAUCUCGCCACAGAGAGACGACCUCAAACUGCUCUGUGAGCAGAAUGAGGAGGAAGUGUCUCCCCAGCUUUUUACCUUUCAUGAGGCAGUGUCUCAGCUGGUAGAGAUGGAGGAGCAGGUUCUGGAGGACCAUCGAGCUGUUUUCCAGGAGUCCAUCCGGUGGUUAGAAGAUGAAAAGGUGCUGCUGGAGAUGACAGAGGAGGUCGAUUAUGACGUGGAGUCGUACGCCACUCAGCUGGAACAGAUCCUAGACCAGAAGAUAGAAAUCCUCACUGAGCUUCGAGAUAAAGUGAAGUCAUUUCGUUCUACACUCCAGGAGGAGGAGCAGGCCAGUAAGCAGAUCAAUCCCAAGAGGCCACGUGCUCUGUAGAGACUGAAAGCUGAAGAAGUAGAAGUGGCACAUACGACAACAUAACCACUAGAUGUUUGGCACAACUUGGGCUGUCACUAGCAGUUGUUAAAAAAAACACACACCAAUAAAAAGACAUUGUGCUGUACCAACAGGCUCUAGAAAUUGCAUCUGACAUGAUCCCAUUCCUAACAAAACUGGCUGUUUACCCACCAUGGUCUCGUUGGAAAACAUAGGAAGGAAAAUACUUUCAAUUCCUUUCUUUUAAGUAGAUUCUUUUUUAUGGAGAGUGUUAGUCUCCCUUCUCUUUUCUUCUUAAAUUAUUUUCUUUUAUACUUGUUUGUACUUUCUUUGAGCAGAUUCUUUUGGACCUGGUUUCAAGAGAGCUUCAAUUAACUUGUUUAAACGUUUACUGCACAAAACCAGUAUUUGACUUCUGGUUGCUCUGGCUGACAUGUCUGCAUGUGCAUUAUGUAAUAGCCAAUGUACGCCACUGUCCUCCGUUUUCUCAUGCUUUCGGGUCCUCAGUUUGCAUUGUAGUCUUAACUUAUUACAAACAGUCUCAUCUUAUUUUUCCUUCCUUUUUUAGAACAUUUUCCAUUCUGGAGGAAACUUUCAACACAAGUUUUCCUUGUGCCCCUGUAGUUUGUGCCAUGUCAUUCUAUGUGGCAACUGACUUAAAAAAAAAAAACCUCUUACUUACUGUAAAUCAUGUUUUUCACCCCUGUUUAACACUUUGUUAUAAAAAUGAAACUAGAAAAUCUGCUAUUAAUGUAUAGUGAAGAUCACUGACUUACCAUUGGUUACGUUGCUCAGUGUUUGCACCGGAUGUCAUACUGGAUGAAGUAAUAAAGAUUCAUGUGUUUCAUUUGAA